AUGCUCGACCUAACAGGCAAAGUCGCCCUAAUCAUUGGCCUGGGACAAACCGCCCCGCCGAGUUCAACCUCAACCUCAACCACAACCUCAACCCCAGCCACAAAGCAAAAAGAAGAAGAAGAAGAAGAAGAAGAAACAUGGGGCAUCGGCGCCUCAAUCGCACUAAAACUCUCGUCCCGCGGCGCCAUGAUCUUCGGCGGAAACCGGUCACUCGCCUCAGCAUCGCGGACCAAAACCCGAAUUGAAUCUCGGGGAGGCACAUGCGAUAUCUUCGAGACGGACGCGACGGAUUCCGCGUCCGUCAAGGCGCUCGUUGAUGCCUGUAUGCACAGACACGGACGCAUUGAUAUCCUUGUUAAUAACGUGGGCAGGUCGGAGCCGGGGUGUCCGGCGGCCAUGGAGGAGGGGACUUGGGAUGCCCAGAUGGAUGUGAAUGUGCGGAGUGUGUAUCUUGCUUGUCAUUUUGUGUUGCCUGUUAUGGAGGCUCAAGCUCAGGCCGCUAAAGCACAAAAGGACGGGAGAGGAAGUGGUGGCGGUGGGUGUGUGGUGAAUGUCGCGAGUGUCGCCGGGCUGCGGUAUAUCGGCAAGCCGCAGGUGGCGUACUCUGCUGCCAAAGCGGCCGUGAUGCAGUUUACGAAGGCCACGGCGGUGAUCUAUGCGGGGAAGGGGGUGAGGCUGAAUACGGUUGUGCCGGGGUUGAUUUAUACCCCGUACACGAGGGCCAUGGCGGGGAGGUAUGCGCCUGGGGGUGAUGAGGGGGAGUAUAUGCGGGCGAGGGAUGCGCAGGUGCCGAUGGGGAGGAUGGGGAGUGCGUGGGAUGUAGCUAAUGCGGUGGUGUUUCUGGCGUCGGAUGAGGCGGGCUAUAUUACAGGGCAGGAGUUGGUUGUUGACGGGGGGUUUACGUCGUCGACGGGGAGGGUUUGA